GGGUCCCCUCCGCGGCCGCCCCCCGCCCACGGGCCGCCCCCCGGGCCCUGCGUCCCCUCCCCCGCUGGCGGGGCCCGGACAGAAGAUGGUGCAGAAGAAAACAGCCGAACUUCAGGGCUUCCACCGUUCGUUCAAGGGGCAGAGUCCUUUCGAGCUGGCCUUCUCCCUAGAACAGGCCCACCCCGGGGAGACCACCUUCAGCCUGGAGUGCCCAGCCCGUCCUGACAUGCCCACGAGCCAGCCCAUCGACAUCCCGGACGCCAAGAAGAGGGGCAAGAAGAAGAAGCGGUGCCGGGCCACGGACAGCUUCUCGGGCAGGUUCGAAGAUGUCUACCAGCUGCAGGAAGACGUGCUCGGGGAGGGUGCCCACGCCCGUGUGCAGACGUGUGUCAACCUUAUCACCAACCAGGAGUACGCCGUCAAGAUCAUUGAGAAGCAGCCCGGCCACAUCCGGAGCCGGGUGUUCCGGGAGGUGGAGAUGCUCUACCAGUGCCAGGGACACAGGAACGUUCUAGAGCUGAUUGAGUUCUUCGAGGAGGAAGACCGUUUCUACCUGGUGUUUGAGAAGAUGCGGGGUGGCUCCAUCCUGAGCCACAUCCACAAGCGCCGGCAUUUUAACGAGCUGGAGGCCAGCGUGGUGGUGCAGGAUGUGGCCAGCGCCCUGGAUUUCCUGCACAACAAAGGCAUCGCCCACAGGGACCUGAAGCCGGAGAACAUUCUCUGUGAGCACCCCAACCAGGUGUCCCCCGUGAAGAUCUGUGACUUCGAUCUGGGCAGUGGCAUCAAGCUCAACGGGGACUGUUCCCCUAUUUCCACUCCGGAGCUGCUUACCCCGUGCGGCUCCGCCGAGUACAUGGCCCCCGAGGUGGUGGAGGCCUUCAGCGAGGAGGCCAGCAUCUACGACAAGCGCUGCGACCUCUGGAGCCUGGGCGUCAUCCUCUACAUCCUGCUCAGCGGCUACCCGCCCUUUGUGGGCCACUGUGGCAGCGACUGUGGCUGGGACCGUGGGGAGGCCUGCCCGGCCUGCCAGAAUAUGCUGUUUGAGAGCAUCCAGGAGGGCAAGUACGAGUUCCCCGAAAAGGACUGGGCCCACAUCUCCGUUGCCGCCAAAGACCUCAUCUCGAAGCUCCUGGUGCGUGACGCCAAGCAGAGGCUGAGUGCCGCACAGGUCCUGCAGCACCCCUGGGUGCAGGGGUGCGCCCCGGAGAACACCCUGCCCACGCCCAUGGUUCUGCAGAGGAACAGCUGUGCCAAAGAUCUCACAUCCUUCGCUGCCGAGGCCAUCGCCAUGAACCGGCAGCUGGCCCAGCGCGAGGAGGACGCGCUGGAGGAGGCCGGGCAGGGCCAGCCCGUGGUCAUCCGUGCCGCCUCACGCUGCCUGCGGCUGUCCCCGCCUUCUCAGUCGGAGCUGGCCCAGCGGCGGCAGCGAGCCAGCCUGUCUGCAGCUCCCGUGGUCCUGGUGGGCGACCACGCGUGACCCCCGCCCCCUUUCCUCUGUACAUAGGUCGUCCCCCUCCCCUCUCAGAGCUAAAGAUUUUUUUAAGCUAUUGCCAGCCGGUUACCAGCGGGCUGUGCUCCCCCCAGCUGUGAGGCGCUCAGCUCAGCUGGGGGGUCUUUUUAUAUAAAAGUUGUUGCUGUUGGGUUUCUCCUUUUUCUGUCCCCUACCCCAUGUUCCUCUCUGAAUGGUGUUAAAAGCAGACAGGCGCCCGGGGAGGACAGAAGGCACAUGUGGCUGUGUGGCCCGCCACCCCGCCCGGGCCUCACGUACCGCGACCGGCCUGCCGCCGCCCAUGGCCCCAGCCGACGCGACUCAGGACAAGAGGGCGCCCCGUCUUCCAGAGCGUGAGGCUCAUGCCCUCCCCAGCCCUUGGUGUUCUCAAGGGCGGGUGGACCUGCCCCUUCUCACCUCACCCCAGGGACAGCCUGGUGGCCGGUAGGAGCCUGGGCGCGGGCAGGCGGGUGGACGGCCGCCCACUGGACCCCCUGCCAGCUGACAAUCGGGGCUCCUGCGAACCUUGACCUUAAGCUGCAGCUGACCCAGGGGUGCACGCACUGCUUCCCCUCGGCCCUCUCCACUGGGCUCUGCUCACCCAGGAGUGGGCGCUGGAGGAAAUGGGAGGGAGGGGCUGGACAGGCGCCCGUCAGCCAACGCGGGGGUCCCACAGACCCCCCCACCCGGGCACCCAAGUGCCCCUUCUCAGGGCUCGGUCUGACCACGGCCACGUCCUGCGCCCCACUGCCCCCGGAUUGGCGUGGCCGAAGCCCUGCCAGCCGGGGCUGCAGCUCGACCCCUCCGCCAAGGGCAGCAUCUGCUCUGCCCACUUCAGGAACGUGGCCACCCCAGUCCCUGCACCCACCCUAGCACCCUGGUCAGACGUCGCGUGACCCGCUGGGCUCGGGGAGACUCUGACCCCCCUGUCCUCGGGUGGGAAACACUAUGCAAUACAGGUGUCCUCGUCCCCAAGCUCACGUGCUCCUACUGUGGGCCCCGUCCCCCCGCCCGGCCGUCUGGCUUCUGGUUUGUCCUAUUUCUUUAGUUUCUUAAGAACAACAGUUGACUUCCUUCCCCUGUUCUCAAAGAAUACUUGAAUGUCGGGGUCCUCCUGGGUUGGGGCCCAGACGCCAUGUCUGAGCCCCCCGAGUCUUGUACGAUCGAUAUAGUCUGUGGUGGCGGGUGAGGGCCGACGCCCCUCCGUGUUCCUGCUCGCCCGGUCUGUGGACUGGCCUCUCCAAAGACCCUGGGUGGCAGCCGCCCCACCCGCACCUCGCCCGCGUGGCUCCACGGCCAUCCCGCGGCUCUGCCUUUCCUGGAGGAGAAAUGGGCCGCAGCCACUCCCCUGGCAGCCGAGCUGUGAGCGGCCUGGACCCGCGUGACUGCCAUCUCCUGUCCCCUCCCCUGCACGGUGCGCCCUUACUGUGAAUGAGCACCAGGGCCCCAGGCCGCCCCGCGGGGGAGCGGACACCAGCGUUUCAGCUUAAGAUGUGUAAAAAAAAAAAAAGAUGAAAAAGACAUUUUUUAAAAGUGGGGGAAAAACAUCCAAGCACUUUAACUCCGCUGCACCAGGUGGGCUGACAGCUCAGAAAUUUUUCUUGACACCAACUGUCAAUGCCGGAAUUUUGUAUUCUGUUUUAUAAGGAUUUAAUAAAACUCGUAAAAACA